AUGGGGGAAAAAAGAAUUGACAAAUAUCUGUUCAAUCCUAAGGAUCUUAUUGGGGAAGGUUCGUAUGCUUAAGUGUACAGGGGGAGAGAUGAAAAGACAGGAGUGAAGGUAGCGAUAAAAGUGUUAAACAAAUCAGUCAUUAACGCGUAAUUUUAGAUUGAUCGAAAUUUAGAGACGAUUAUUUAAGGGAAGGGUUGAUCUCAGAGAUAAAAGUAAUGUAGAAAUUGAAGAGUCCAAACAUUGUAUAAUUGAUGGAUGUAAUGGAAACCAAUAAUAAUUAUUAUAUAAUUCAAGAAUAUUGUGAUAGUGGAGAUUUGGACAAAUUGAUUGAGAAGUAAUUGUAAUAUAGUAUCAUUAGUUAUGUGGCUUAAAAGAAAACUAUGCCUGAGAAAGAUGCAGUCAAAUUUAUGAUUGACAUUUUGAAUGGAUUCAUUUAACUAAUUAAAAAUGGUAUUAUUCAUAGAGAUUUGAAACCAGCCAACAUAUUAAUAGACAAAGGAGUACAAAUAUCAUUAAUAUACUAGACCUUCAAAUUAGCAGAUUUUGGAUUUGCAAAAUGUGUAGACAAUUUUAAAAAGGAUAUGUUAGCAUCAUUGGUAGGAACACCAUUAUAUAUGUCACCACAAAUCUUGGAUAAUAAAAAAUACACUUCCAAGACUGACAUUUGGAGUAUUGCUUUUAUCUUUUAUGAGGCACUAUUCGGUAAAAGUAAGUAUCCUCUUUUCUAUUAACUCAUUAGCUCCUUGGACUGCUAGAUCACCUUAAGAACUCUUGAAGAAUAUCAGAAAUUAACCUUUGUAAUUCAAAGGACCUCAGAUCUCCAAAGAAGCAUAGGAAUUUUUAAUUGGGUGUUUGCAAGCUGAGGAAAAGGAUAGAUUAUCUUGGGAUGAGAUCUAUCGUCAUCCUUUAUUUAAAGGACAUUUUACUGAGUUUAUCAAAAAUGUAAGUAUCUUGGAAGACAAAGCCACUUAUUUGAUUAAUGACAUAAGAUAGAUGAUUAUCAAGGAGUAGAUUGAUAUUGGAGAAUUGUUCGCUGAACUUGACAUGACUAAGGACAAAGCUUUAAAUGUUAAUGAGUUGGGGAAAUUCUUGUAAAGAGUAGAUAAAGACCUUACUAGAGAGGAGAUAGAGUAUAUCUUCAAUAAAUUUGAUGACGAUGGAAAUAAUCUAAUAGAGUUCAAUGAAUUUAAAAAGUGGUUGGAAGAAAAUGAUGUAAAAAUGUUAUUUAGAAUUGUUCUUAGUGCAGAAUGACAGCAUCUGAAGUAAGCAGAACUAAAAAGAAGGUUAGUAUUCUUAUGAAACCACAACAAGAUAUUUAAGCAGGAUCACUAGAUGAUAGAGCUAGGUCAGUCAUUGAAAAAUUGAAGGUGUCUAUUGUCAAAUUCAAUAUCAAUCUCUUAGAUUUAUUUAACAAGGUAAUUAUUGCUCUUAUCGUUCUAGUAUGAUAAGUCAGCUAAUCACGAAUUAGAUGUUUAGGAGUUAGGUAAACUAUUAAAGAGAAUUGAUCAAACUGUCACAGAUGAAGAAGCCAAGGCCAUCUUUACCUUCUUUGAUCACAAUAAAGAUGGAUCUGUUUCAUUUAAUGAAUUCGAGUUUGUCUUGAAAGAAUGCUUAGUUAAAUAAAAAAUAAAAUAGUGAAG